ACUUGCUUCCAUGGUACCAUACUUUUUCAGUUGUACAGUGUUUACAUGGGAAUCGCUGUUUUUCCAAUAUGGGGAAAUGCCCCUUUAAGUGUUGCACCGAGAGAGAUGGAGUUGGCGCUAUCUCUUUAACUGGUCGCAGAUUGUGGAUGUGGGCAGAGAUUGUUGGGUAUUCAAGAGGAAAAGAGACUAGCUUCUAAUUGCCUUUGGUGAUAACACCGUUACAUUCCGCGAUCUGUAGAGCCCAGAAGAGAACCUCAGGCUUCCACAUCAACCAGCUCCAACAUGGCUAGGAGCCAAGCUCUCAGCUCUGUACUGACAGCCCUGCAGCACGGACAGGUCUCCCCUUAAAUGAAGCGACAUCCCUGCAGUCCCUAAGUUUAGGGAAAUAAAAUGGAAUUGAUCACGUUAAAAUUCACAGCUCUGCUGUUACUGUGCGCGCAGCACCAGAAGUUUAUACGGGCAAUUACUGACCUUGGGGAUUAUAUAACCACUGAUAUAGAAAUUUCCUGGUUACCUAACCUGGAUGACUUAAUGAAAGGAUAUGCUCGGAACUUUCGACCAGGAAUAGGAGGUCCUCCUUUGAACGUAGCUUUGGCUAUAGAAGUUGCCAGCAUUGACCAUAUAUCAGAAGCUAAUAUGGAGUACACAAUGACAGUUUUCCUUCGUCAGAUCUGGAAAGACGAGCGGCUGUCAUAUAACCACACCAACAAGACCCUGGGCUUGGACAGCCGCUUUGUGGAUAAACUGUGGUUACCAGAUACAUACAUCGUGAAUGCAAAGUCAGCCUGGUUUCAUGAUGUUACAGUAGAAAACAAACUCAUCAGGCUUCAACCAAAUGGAGUCAUAUUAUACAGCAUCAGAAUUACUUCCACAAUUUCUUGUGAUAUGGAUCUCACCAAGUACCCAAUGGAUGAGCAGGAAUGCAUGCUGGAUCUGGAAAGUUAUGGCUAUUCAGCAGAUGAUAUUGUCUAUAACUGGUCAGACAAUCAGGACCAGAUCCAUGGACUGGACCAAAUUCAGUUGGCUCAGUUUACAAUAACCAACUAUUACUUUGUCACAGAAAUGACAAAUUUCAAAUCAGGUCAAUUUCCACGGUUAAGUCUUCAUUUCCAGUUACGGAGGAAUAGGGGGGUUUAUAUCAUUCAGUCGUACAUGCCUUCUAUCUUGUUGGUGGCAAUGUCUUGGGUAUCGUUCUGGAUCAGUCAGUCUGCAGUACCUGCACGUGUUUCCUUAGGUAUUACAACAGUGUUGACCAUGACAACAUUGAUGAUCAGUGCAAGGAAAUCCCUCCCCAGAGCAUCUGCCAUCAAAGCACUGGACGUAUAUUUCUGGAUCUGUUAUGUCUUUGUUUUUGCUGCUCUUGUUGAAUAUGCCUUUGCACAUUUUAAUGCAGACUACAUGAGAAAGCAACGUGCAAAAAUUAAGGCCAAUAAAUCAUGUGUGGAGGCAAUUAAGAGAAAUGGAAAGGAUGCGAUAGUUCUGUUCUCCUUGUCAGCGGCUGGGGUGAACCAGGAAUUGCUCAUGUCCAACAGACUGCACCGGGCUCAUAGGAUUCUUCAUGGAGAUGAAAUUAAAAAUGGAAAGACAAGGGCAAAUAAACACAACUCAAAGUCCAGCAAUAAACUUACUCUGAAGUCUGUAUUCAAACCUAUUGAUUCCGACACCAUUGACAUUUAUGCAAGGGCCGUCUUUCCAGCUGCUUUUGCGGCUGUCAAUGUUAUUUACUGGGUUGCAUACACCAUGUAAACUGGCCCCAGCAUCAUAUUGUUCAGGAAGCAGUUACAUGUAUAUGAACAUAGAACAUACACAUGAUGCCAAAUAUCCAGAGCCUUUGAUCUGAAUCCUUUGACAUGUCAAGGAAGCAUUUGAUAAAUGUAUAUAAAUAGUAAAUAAUGAAAUGUGAUUACUGUGACAUGAUGAGAUUUCUGUCUGCCAUUAUCCCUUGUUUAUCAGUCUUUUGCCCUGGUAAUCUUGACAUCUUAAAAAUGAAUUAAAUCAGCAAAUCAUUAAUUUGAAGAUGCAAUAACCUGUACUUUGGAAAUGAUAAAGUUCAUUUAAUUUAACAGUGUUGGACCGUUUUUAUAUAUUUUCUCUAUAUCCUUAAAAUUAUCUAGAAUUUUAUCAAUUUUUUUCUCCACUUUGAGACAAUCAUGUGUUAGGUUCAAAUGGUCUCUAAUCUAGUAUAAACUCUGCAUUAUUUUUCUGUCGAAUCAAGGCUCUGGCAAAUAAUAUUUUUUAAUCCAUUUUUUAUCUCUUUAUUGUUAAUGUUUGAAAAUGCCAUAGCGAAGAAUUUUGUUCUUCAUAAAGUUGUAAUUGUGAGCACUCCCAAUUUGAUACAAUACUCCUUCAGAAUAGGAGCAGUGAUAGGCUAUUCAAUCCUUGAUCCGCCACCAUUCUCCAUCAUAGCUAAUCAUUUAUCUCAGCGUUACAUUCCCACAUUAACCCGAUAUC